AUGGACGUAGACCAGCUGGUACUCGCGCGCAAAAUCAGUCGCCAUGCGUUGCUGAUAUCCGUCUGGACCCUCUUUGCUGUUACCACAUUGCUACUUAUAAGCCGUUUUGCAAUUCGACUCCGGCUGCAUCGGAAACUAUUUUGGGAUGAUAUACUUGCGGGCCUUGCCUAUAUCUUCCUACUAUGCCACAAUAUCCUAGCCACUCUGGCUCUUCCAACGGUCUACUUGCUACUUGACCUGUAUAAAGACAACCGUGGCUUUCUGCAGCCAGGCGUUCUAGGCAAAAUCGACCAUAUGGUAAAGCUGGUGCUCUCCAGUAACUUCCUCUUCCGGAUAUGCAUAUAUCUUGUCAAGGCCAGUCUGCUGGCCUUGCUCUGGAGACUCUUUCACAGUCUACAUUUAUUCCGUCGAGCGUGGCUCGCUAUUGUCAUCGUUACCGUGAUCGGGUUCGCAAUCUCGAUCAUCCUUCCUCCGGUUGCAUGCUCGGAUUUUACUGCUCUUGGAUGCAUCUCACCCAAGCGGAUCAGACUUUCAGCCAUAGAUAUCUAUGUGAGCACAGUGUUUGAUGUCCUCACUGAUAUCCUCAUCGUAUCUCUCCCCGUUACAUUUGUCCUCAAAUCUUCUCUUCCCAUGCCGCAGAAACUAGGCCUUGUCGGCCUCUUCUUACUUGGCCUCGCAGUUGUCAUAAUAUCCAUCCUACGUACCAUCGAAACUGAUGGUAAAUCAAAACUAUCACCCCCAUCAUGGCUCUUAUUCUGGAGCUCAAUGGAAGCCACCAUCGCGGUGAUGGUGUCAUGCUUCGCUUCCUACAAAUCCCUUUUUACAGCUCGUAUACGGACAUCUACUUACCAUCAUCCACACGGACAUUCCGCGUCCGUAGUUGUUUCUACUCCAGCUGAGGCUAGGAAAAACAGAAUAUUCAAGGAAAGCGAUUCAAGAGAAGAAAUUAUACAAAGGACGGAGUUUGAAGUUAGCUAUGAGAUGGCGCCAGCCUCUAGCAGUCAAGUCACGAGUCCUUAUGCGAUUGCACCUAAGCCAUCGUCGUCAAAGGUAUGA